AUCUAGGUCCCGCCAAUGAGGCUGCUUCUCGCGCUGCUUUCGCUCACGCUGGCAGACGUCGCUGCAGAGCGACGCUCCGUGCCCACCUACACGAUCGAUCUCGACCUGCCGCCCGAGGAGCGCUUCAAGGUCCUCGUCAGGCCAGGCACCGGCCUCAACGCGACCGUGUGGAAAUUCUGGACAAAGUACUUUGUGGGCGAUCCGCUGCUCAAGGACGCGCUGUUUGCGCUGGUCGCCGCGCGGGGUCACGAGGCGCCCGAGCUCCAGGCCGAGAUCUCUGGGAUGGCGGCGGCCUCUGGGCUGCCUCCCGCGUUUGUGCAGGGCAUCCAGAUGCUGUACGAAAUCCAGACGCUGAUGGUGCCGAUCGUCAACUUCUCCCAGCCCAGGCUCUCCUCCGACGGCAUCGGCUGGGAGGGCGCGAAUCGCACCUUCCACGAGCCGCUUCCCAAAAAGUGGGAGGGGCUCGGCCGCUUCCCGCGCGCACCUUUCUGCACGGGCAUCAUCGCAACCAACCAGGCGGACGGCAGCGUGUACCACGCGCGCAACCUGGACUUCUUCUUUACUGAGCUGAUGGCCGAGCUGGUCUACACCGGCGUCUUCACCCGGGGCGGCAAGGAGCUCUACCGCGCGCAGAUGAUUGCCGGGUACGCGGGCAUGAUCACAGGGAUGCGGCGCGGGCCAGACGGGUACGCCCUCGAGCGAAACACGCGGUACGCCGACCACUGGGGCGGAAACAAGGAGAUGCUGGCCCACCUGCUGUCGGGGCGUCUGCUCAACGGCUGGGUCCUUCGCCAGACCCUCGAGGCGUGCGCCACCUACGCUUGCGCCGUCGGCCGCCUGACCUCCUCGCCGUACGCCUCAACGGAGUACGCCGUCAUCUCUGGCGUGCGGAAAGGGACCAUCCUCGCGCGCAACCCGGACGGCGUGGCGCACACGCAGACGCUGGGCAGGCACAACUACCUGCAGCCGCCAGAGUACAUCCUCAUCACGAACUUCGACUUCUUCUUCCACGACGUGCGAGAGCUCUUCGACCCGACCGGUGGGCACAUUCUCGGCACGCCGCGCCGCGUGGCGGCGCAGCGCAUUCUGAACGCGACGCUGCAGGCCGGGGGCAACCUCACCGGCGAGCUGCUCUUCGAUACCCUCAACGCAAAGGACGUGCUCGCCGACACCAUUUUCCAGGCAAUCAUCAACGUCGAGCGCGAUUUGUGGAACGUCUCGAUCCCCGACCCCGCCUCCCUGCCGCACGCGACGCGCGGCAGCCGCGAGGUCACAGCAGCGGUCUAGACGCCGGUUGCCCACAUCAGGGAACAUGCUUCUGAAGGUAGAUGGCAGCCUCCAGCCUCCACGCCACGAAUGGGAAAUUGAA